AUUUAUAAGAGUAUACAUUUAUUGUCAACAACUUUUAAACACGUGCUAAAAUUUAAAAAAUGAUUCACAAACUACAAUAUGUAAGCUGAAUGCAAUUGAAGAGAAAUUUACCUAGUACUUUAAAAAAAAUAAUUAUAAGUCUAAUGUCGUCGAAAAUGUCUGUUAAAAUAAGAGAAAUAUUUAAACCAGAGUAUGUUCAAAAAGAAUUUUAUUCAGGAGGUCAUAUUGAAUGGACCCCAGAUGGUAAUUAUUUACUGUGUCAAUGCGGCCCACGAAUAUCUAUAUUAGAUAUUGAAACAACAACGUUAGUUGAUUCAAUACCUAGGCGCAUUGACACAGCUAAAACCGGUGAAGAAGAAGAUGAAGAAGAUGAAACUGCUGAUAAUGUAUUAACAUUUACUUUAGAUAAAAAUAGUAAAAGUCUGAUAACAUCGCAUAAAAGUGGAUUGUUGUGUUCUUGGGAUUGGAAUGAAAGGAAAUUAAUUAAAUCAUGGCGUCAUCUUCAUAAAGGUCCAGUAGUUCAACUAGCUAUUAAUAAAAAUCAAAUCAUUGCAUCUGGAGGAACUGAUUCGAUUAUAAAGUUGUGGCAAUCAGACAAAGCGCAUUGUUUAUAUGCACUGCACGGGUCACAAGGUGUUAUAAGUUCUUUAAAAUUUUUGGAAAUAUCCGAAUCAAAAAAUUGGUUGUUUGCUGCUGAUAGUAAAAGUGAAAUUCAUGUAUGGAAUUGUGAAGAAGGCAAUCAUUUAUUUGCAUUGCAAGGACAUUUCAGUACUAUUACAGAAUUAGCAUUCUAUGAAAAUCAGUAUCUUAUAAGUUGUGGUCGAGACAAAGUUGUCAUUUUAUGGGAUUUAGAAACAAGAAAACAAUUGAAAACUGUGGCACUAUAUGACUGUAUUGAAUCAAUGGUAGUAUUACCUAAAAAAGGUUUUUAUCUUCAAUUUUCCGAACAUAAAACUGGUGCUUAUAUGACACCUAGUGGAGUUAGUGUUGUUGUUGGUGGAGAAAAUGGCAAAUUACAAAUUUGGGAUGUUCAAAAUAAUAUUCCCAUUUAUAAGGAAUGUGAUGCUGAUAAUCAGUCACUAAAGUCUACUAAAAGUAUAACCAAUUUAAUUUAUAAUGAAACUCGGUUAACAUUAGCUGUUUGUUAUACUGAUAAUACAGUUACUUUACAAAGUUUUGGUCAACAUUUUUCUGAACAAACGUUAAUAGGUUCGAAUGAUGAAAUUCUUGAUAUCACACUUUUAGGUAAUGAAAGUAGUCUUAGUUUAGCAGUAGCCAUUAAUAGUUGUGAUAUUUAUUUAUUUCCGUGGCUGAAAAAGAAAAUUGAAUGUAAUGUUAAUGGAGAACUUAAUAAAAUUGAGCUUGGAGUUUGUUGUAAACGAUUAAGAGGCCAUACUGAUACAGUUUUAUGUUUGGCUUCUCAAAAAAACUUGCUAAUAUCUAGCAGUAAAGACCACAGCAUAAGAGUAUGGUCCUAUUGUAAUACUACCAGGACAGCUAAUUGCAUUGCUAUUGGAUCCCGACAUACUGGUGUAGUAAACGCAGUGGCCAUUUCUAAAAGUUUAGAUUUUAUUGUAUCUGCUAGUACAGAUACUACAUUAAAACUUUGGAAACUUCCUAAAACUUUUAAAUCCAGUGGAUAUGAUAUCUUAAAUGUUAAAUUAACCGAAGUUGGACAUGAAAAAGAUAUAAAUAGUAUUUGUAUAGCACCUAAUUAUCAGACAAUUGCCACUGGAUCACAAGAUAAGUUAAUCAAGAUAUGGUCAGCUAAUGAUUUAGCAGUUCUUGGGGUAUGUCGAGGUCAUAAACGAAGUGUAUGGUGUGUGCGUUUUUCACCCAUAGAUCAAGUAUUGGUUUCAUCAUCAGCAGACACCACUUUAAAAAUAUGGUCUAUGAGUGAUUACUCUUGUCUUAAAACAUUAGAGAGUCAUGAAUCAUCCGUAUUAAAAUGUGGAUUCUUUAACCAUGGUACUCAAGUGGCUAGUUGUGGAGGUGAUGGUCUUGUUAAAAUUUGGUGUUUAAAAACAAGUGAAUGUAUUAUCACACUUGACAAACAUUCAUCAAAAGUGUGGGCUUUAUCAAUUGUGGAUGAUGGUUCUAUCUUAAUAACUGGUGGUGCCGAUUCAAGAUUAGUAGUUUGGCAUGAUCGUACUGAAGAAGUGAAAAUUUCUGAAGCAGCUGCUCGUCAAACUAAAGAAUUGCAAGACCAACAGUUAAAAAAUUUGUUACAAAAGGAACAAUUGUUACCUGCACUCAAAAUGUCUAUUACAUUAGAAAGACCGCACACAGCACUUAAAAUAAUACAAACUUUAUCAAAACAGGGCCAAGCAGAUGAUUUGAAAUUGGUAUUUCAAAAUAUUAACCUAGAACAAAAAGAAAAACUAUUGGAUUAUACAACUGAUUGGAAUACCAAUGGAAAACAUUGUCUUGCAGCCCAGCUUAUUUUAAAUAUUCUUUUGGAAGAUAUUAUGACGGGAAAAUUAACUGUUACUCAAGAAAAGUUACAAGGGCUAAUGGCAUACAGUGAACGACACUAUAGACGAUUGACUACAUUAAAGACAAAUACACAGUUUUUAUAUUAUACUACCAAUUGUAUGGCUCCACAUUCAUCAAAGUUGUUGUAAAAUAAAUAUUUUUUAUUUUCAA